AUGGCUGAACCGGAAAAUGAUGGCGGGGAUACUCACUUACCCGAGAUUCAGACCACAGACGUGCAUGAGUCUCAAACGGCCGCUACCAAAUCCGCACCUCAUCCACAACCACAAUCAGUCUUCUUCUCAUCUCUCCCCCUCGAGAUUCGCCAAAACAUUUACAGCCACUUAUGGCAAGCCGCCGGAUCAAUCCAGCAUGUGUAUAAAUCCAGUGCAUCCGCUCUAGCGCCCUUAUCUCACUGCCCGUGCAUCGCCGACCUGGACGCCGAAGAUAUCCGUGAAGACGAGCUGUCCCGCGUGCUCAACACGCCGGCUGCGGACCCAGCGACUUUGCAAGAUGGCGUGGGACCCGGUUCCGAGGAAGAACGCGAGGCGAUUCAAAAUUGGCGUUUCCGUAUUGUUUCGUCGUGGUGUAAUCACUGGAAGUGUGAGGAGGAGCCGCCUAUUCUCCGGGAACUCCAGCAACUCUCACUCGGAGACGGUGAUGAGGGGGAGAAGACGGGUGAGACCUCCAAGGAUAAACGCCGUCAGAUUCUAGUGAAGGAGUUCAGCCCGUUCCUUGCAACUCUUCUCACCUGCAAACGUAUGCGCGAAGAAGCCAUCGACUCCAUCUACAACGACACAACCUUCUCCCUCAUCAACACAGAAGCCCUCACACGCUUCCUCGACACCACACCCACCGCGUUCCUAGCCCGCAUCAAAAAGCUCCAUUUCACAUGGCGAGCCCCGAUCGAGACAUACAUGGACCGGGAAGCAGACGAAGUCAUCGCCGAGAGAACCAAAUGGGUCGACACGUGGACAGCCGCCGCCGACAAACUCCCGCGCCUCCAGGAGCUCCGGAUCUGGGCGUAUCCGUACUACGCGCGCUACCCCACCCCCUUUGAGGAGUGGUUCGAGCCGCUGCACCUGUUUGGGCGGCUCAAGAUGCCGCCGUCGCGGUUCCAUGUCUCGUUGCGCUGGUUCCAGAAUAGUCUGCCGGAGAUGGAUACGGGACCGUUGGACUUUUUGGAGGCGGCGCCGUUUGGGUAUGAGAUGGUGCCGCCGUGUCAGGAGAAUCCACUGCAUUUUCACUGGCGGAGGUUGAUUGGGUUGGGGCCAGAUGAGCCGCGGGUGCCGGUUACGAGGAGGCAGAGGAAGAGGAGGUAUGUCGGGAGGGCUUUGUAG